AUGACAGGAAUCUCACAACCAUUUUUUGACUGGGAUGAUAAUCUAGCAGAUAAUGCGAGAGGUCCACCCACAGGAAGAGAAAUAGCUAUAGGAUAUUUGAGAGGAUGUAUGAGAGAAAGAGUCUUAGAAUGGUUUGACGAAGAAAUUACUACAAAAUAG